GCAGGCCGGCCAGGUGGGCGCGAAGGCGGCGCGGGAGGCGGCGCAGUGCAGGGGCCGCGCCGGUGGCGGGCAGGGCCGCGGCCGCUGCAGGGAGCCGAGCUGUCCGGGCCAGUGGCGGGCCGAGCAGACAGAGAAGCCAGUAUCCAGCAUGCUGUCCCGACGCCUUGGUAAGCGCUCCCUCUUGGGAGCCCGAGUAUUGGGACCUAGUGCCUCUGAGGUGCCCUCAGGGGCCAGCCUGCCUUUGGAGCCACAGAUAGAAGUGCCGGAAGGAGCCACACCUCAGUCCUCACUCACCUCUAAGGACCCUGUGUGCCAGGAGCAGCCCAAGGAGGUCCUCAAAGCUCUGGGUACCUCAGGCCACCCACAGGUGACCUUUCAGCCUGGACAGAAGGUCUGUGUGUGGUAUGGGGGUCAGGAGUGCAAGGGCCUGGUGGAGCAGCACAGUUGGGCCGAGGACAAGGUGACAGUCCGGCUGCUGGACCAGAAGUUACAGAUUUGCUGUAAAGUAGAAGAGGUGUGGUUGGCGGAACCGCAGGGUACCACAUCCCAUGUGCCAGCCUCGGAGCCAAGAGCCCAGGUGCCAGCCUACAGACCCGUGUCUAGGAACAUCGACGUCCCCAAGAGGAAGUCGGAUGCGGUGGAGAUGGACGAGAUGAUGGCCGCCAUGGUGCUGACGUCUCUGUCUUGCAGUCCUGUUGUGCAGAGUCCUCCUGGGGCUGAGCCCAUCUUCUCUGUUUCCCGUGCAGCCUGCGGUGACCCAUGGAAGGAGAGCGGUGACAUUUCAGACAGUGGCAGCAGCGGGCACUGGAGCGGGAGCAGUGGCAGCUCCACUCCCUCGCCCCCCCACCCACAGGCCAGCCCCAAGUACCUAGGCGAUGCCUUUGGGUCUCCCCAAACUGAUCAUGGCUUUGAGACGGAUACUGAUCCUUUCCUGUUAGAUGAACCAGCUCCACGGAAGAGGAAGAACUCUGUGAAGGUGAUGUACAAAUGCCUGUGGCCCAGCUGCGGCAAAGUCCUUCGUUCAAUUGUGGGCAUCAAACGACACGUCAAAGCCCUCCACCUGGGGGACACUGUUGACUCUGAUCAGUUCAAGCGGGAGGAAGACUUUUACUACACAGAGAUGCAGAUGAAAGAAGACUGUGCUGUCGCUGUGGCUGCCCCGCCUCCCUCUGGGACACCUACCGGCGAGCCAGUGUCCACCUCCCGGGUGACCAGCCCAUCCCUUGCUGCUCUUUCAUUGCCUCCAGCCAAAGUCCAGUCCUCUGGCCCAGAACACCCUGGCCUGGAAUCUUCCCUGCCCCCAGUUGCACUCAGCAAGUCAGCUCCUGGCUCCUUCUGGCACAUUCAGGCUGACCACGCUUACCAGGCUCUGCCAGCCUUCCAGAUUCCUGUCUCCCCCCACAUCUACACCAGCAUCAGCUGGGCUGCUGCCCCCACCACCACCUCCUCCCUCUCGCCGGUCCGGAGUCGCUCGCUCAGCUUCAGCGAACCCCAACAGCCGCCACCCACAGUGAAGUCUCACCUGAUUGUCACCUCCCCACCCCGUGCUCAGAGCAGCACCAGGAAAGCCCGAGGAGAGGCCAAGAAGUGCCGUAAGGUAUAUGGCAUUGAGCACCGGGACCAGUGGUGCACAGCCUGCCGGUGGAAGAAGGCCUGCCAGCGCUUCCUGGACUGAGCCUGCCUCCGCUGGCCCCGCUCCUCACCCCAGGCCUGCUGGCCAUCAGCAGAAUACAGGGAGAUGAUGUGGCGUGGAUGUGGGCAGCCAGGGCUCCAUUGGCUAAGAUAGAACACUUAAAAACACUUUCUCCCCCUUGCGGGAGUGUUUUAUUUUUUAAAAGCAAACCUAAAUGAAACUAUUUUUUCCCCUUAAAAUAGGAGAGAGCCAAAAUUGACCAAGGGUAUUCUGCAGCGAACCGGAGACCAAAGAGUUUACCCCGACCCCCGCCCCAUCCCACCCUCUCUGGGACUACAUACGCAUCAAAAGUAGGACAGACAGGAUGCCUUGCCCGUUUUCGUGCUGAGCUGGGGAAUCCUUUGCUCUUUCAGCUAUUCCAGAAUGGACUGUGAGCAAAACAGAUUUCCUUUUUUUUUUUUUGGAAUAAAAACAAACUUUCUGGCAGGUAGAUGACCACCCAGGGAAUGGUAGCAGGGCCCUAAGAAGAGCAGGUGGCUGUACUUACUGAGAUAUGGUUUGACUUCUGUAGGAGCAGCUUCUGCAGAUAGAAAAGGGAUACCCUUUAAGGGUGGCAACUUUGAGAUCUGGGUCCCCUCAGAUGCUGGGUUGCAUGCCAAUAGACAUCACCUGGCGUCUUCUCAAAGCCUGUCUCAGAAAAGCUGAGCCAAAAGGCUAGUAUGAGUUCAGCUUGAGAAUGUGACCUCGAAACACUGUCCUGAGCAUCCUUCCAGGGCUGAGAGGAAGUGUGGAGGGUCUCUGUACAAACUCUGCUCCCACUGAGUAAAGUCCUUCCUGAAGCCCCUUCCCUCCAGAGUGUCAGAGGCACUAGCAUGUCAGGUGGUCCUGUCCGAUGUGGAAGUCUUUGAUGA